AUGUUGCCAUUGGUUGGUAGUCAUUGUGGGACGCUGACAAUCACCGGCGAACGUCGUCGGAUGCCAUUCCAAAAUCGGCUUCUCUCUGUGGCCUACAACGUCGCCCCGCCCACGGAAUCGUCGACCGUUUUUGCGACUCGUUUUUUUCUUCAUCUCUUGGGUUGUUUUGAUGAGUUGGAUUGGAAUCCAAUUAUUUGGUGUUUGAUAGUUUGAAUGAAUUUUUGUAGGCGGUGACAAGGUCAAUAGAAGAAGCUCAAAGACUGGACUUCAUAUAUUUUUUUCAGAGAGAAAAAUAGGUUCAUAAGGCUCAGCGUUGAGAAGAUUAAAGUUGAAGCUUAGAAGCUAAAAAUUCAGAUUUUAGAGAUACGCCUCGGAAUUGAAAGAAUAACAAUUCCAAGUUUAAAAAUUGAGUGAAGACCCGAAACCUUUGAAAUUGCCUUUAUAAGGUUUCGCUUUUUGGAAAAAACCCAAAGUUCUUUAAUUAUUCAUUAUUAAAUAGUACGAUAAUCAGAUGAAUUUUUUUCCGAGCAUAAUUCGAUGUCUUCAAAUACCGAAAACAUUUUGAAACUUUCUCAAAACUUGAACGACCAGAAGUAUGUUCAGGUACUCGAUUCGGGCCAAAAGAUCGAGAGGAAAGUCUCAAGAAUGGCCCAAGUCAUUUCACUAGGAAGAAUGUGAUAUAGCAUAUUCAGAUUGAACGCUACACAAGACGGAGACAACAAAGAUAGUUCGAGGAAUCAAAUUUUGACCUCCGAAAGCUCAAAGAGAUUCAAAAACCGAGUGGUUCCGACAUUUAAAGCAGUAGCAUGAGAAUGGCAUCGAUGACGCAUACCUAGCUGCCGUUCGACGUCUUCAAAGACAAAAAAAAAAUCAAGAAAUGGAAAGUCUCGCUUUCGAAGCGCUCCAAGUGAUCUCACUACUGAUGAGAAUUUUUCACUUUUACUCCGUCAUCGAUGACGUCACUGAUGCCGUCGACGGGAAGGAACGAGUUCACACUCAGACGCCUCGGCACAAGUCGUUGCCAACGAAGAAAACGGGAAAUAAUUGA